GAAGGGCAUAGAAUUAAUGGACGCAUUUACAACAUUUUCCAAAUGCCGCUGAAUCCUGUCCGCAGAUUGUUGGAUUUAGCACAUUUUUUUGGAAAAAGGCAAUUUAAGAAUCCAUGCAAAUUUCACUUUGUCAAUGAACAGUUGUCCUUUCGGCUCAUCUCUCCCCGACACGCGCAUAUGCUACCGACUCUGUACAUACAUUUUUAUAUAAGAUAGAGACGCUGACCUAUCAGUUUUCUCUUGCUCACUUUUCUCAUCAGAUCCAUUUCUACGGUACCCAAUUGUUGAAUUUUACUCUCGUCAUGGAAGAAGCUAAUGUUGUUGAAGCUAUAGAUGGAACUAUUUCUGUUGCUUCCGCAUUUGCUGGUCACCAGGAAGCUGUUCAAGAUAGAGACCACAAAUUCUUGACAAAGGCUGUUGAAGAAGCCUACAGAGGAGUGGACUGUGGAAAUGGAGGUCCUUUCGGUGCAGUUGUUGUUCGUGAUGAUGAAGUUAUUGUAAGCUGUCACAAUAUGGUUUUGAAGCACACUGACCCUACUGCUCAUGCUGAGGUUACAGCAAUAAGAGAGGCAUGUAAAAAGCUAAACAAAAUCGAGCUCUCUGAUUGUGAAAUCUAUGCUUCGUGUGAGCCAUGUCCUAUGUGCUUUGGUGCCAUCCAUCUCUCAAGAAUUAAGAGGUUGGUAUAUGGAGCCAAAGCGGAAGCUGCCAUUGCCAUCGGAUUUGAUGAUUUUAUUGCAGAUGCACUGAGAGGUACUGGGUUUUAUCAGAAGGCUAAUUUGGAGAUCAAGAGAGCAGAUGGUAAAGAGGCCAUCAUAGCAGAGCAGGUGUUCGAGAAAACGAAGGCCAAAUUUCAAUUGUAUUAAGUGAACUUUAUUCUAUUUUCCACACUGACACAGUUGCAGAACUCUCAACUCAUUCAUGUUUGAAUACUUUACAAAUCUCUACAUUAAAUUUCAAUUGUUGAAUGUGGUUUUAAUGGCAAUUGAAAAUUUCAUUA